AACCACUCCCCCAACCCAAGCAGGAGGCCGAGUCCUCUCGCUUCUCUCUCCUCUCUGGCUCUCUUCUUCCUCCCUCCUCGCACUCCGCGUCGCCAGAGGAGACACACCGAGCGAGCGAUCCCCCCAACCCCACCGCUACCGGCUCCGCCCCGGAUCCCCUCGCCCCUCGCCGCCGUCGCCGCCGCGAGGCCAGGCCAGGGUUGAUGGAUAACCUCUCCCCAAGCACUCUGCUAAAUAAUAUCUCCCAUCUUGGUGUCUUAACAUCUGAUGGCUCUACCGUGAGACCCAAGCCUAUCCAGAAGUACUGCCAAAAUGUAUAUGAUAUCUCGAGCAUUGUGAACCCCCUUCUUGAAGAUCUUUGCAAGUCUCCAGAAGAGCAGCUCAAUGAGGUCCUAAGAGAUCUUGACACUGCUAUCAAUGAAGCUUCAGGCCUUAUUGGAAACUGGCACCAGACAACCAGCAAAAUAUAUUUCGGUUGGCAAAUUGAAUCAGUAAUAUCAGAUAUUCAGGGAUGUUCCCUUCAGCUGUGCCAGCUGGCUAAUUCUCUAUUGCCUUCUCUGACUGGCCGUGCCUGCACAUGUAUUGAGAAACUCCAGGACAUAAAUUAUGAGCACAUGUUUGAUCUAGUUAAGGAGGCUGCCAAGGAGCUUGCUGAGACAAGCGCAGUGAGUUCUGAUAAUCUGUUGAAACUGUCAAGGUCAUUGAGCCUGUCAACAAACAUCGAACUGUACAUGGAAGCUAUUUCCCUUGAGAAUCUCAGAACAAGGGCACUAAGAAGUGAGAAUCGUGAAGAACUGGAUCUAGCUGAGCAGAUGAUUCCACUGGUCAACCAUAUGCAUGAUCGCCUUCUCAGGGAAAAACAACAGCUUAGCAUCAACGGGGUUCCUAUUCCUGCUGAUUUUUGCUGUCCGCUGUCCUUGGAACUGAUGUCCGAUCCAGUUAUUGUAGCAUCUGGCCAGACCUAUGAGCGGGUUUAUAUCAAGUUGUGGCUUGAUGAAGGUUUUACUAUCUGUCCGAAAACACGCCAAAGACUUGGUCACUCCAAUUUAAUUCCUAAUUAUACUGUGAAGGCUUUGAUAGCUAACUGGUGUGAAUCUCAUGACAUUAGGCUACCUGAUCCUAUGAAAUCCCUGAAGUUAAACUUUCCUUUAGCUUCCUCCUCCCUCCAGGAUUUGGGUGCUUCAGGUGGCAGUCCUCUACAUCCUAGUGUCAUCUCAAGGGCUAAUAUUCCUGGGUCCCCAGAAGCUGAUGUGUAUUUGAGAAACUUGAAUGGAGCAUCUCCUCCCCACAGUGUGGCCAAUCAGAACUCUCAUGUGCAUGCCAGCCGUUCUGGUCAUGAUGUCUCAACAAGUCAAACUUCAGAAAAUACAAAUGGUUCUGCACCUGAUGUAUCAAGGUUAUCACUUGCAAGUUCUGAAGCAAGAGAGUCUAGUUUGGAAGGAAGACGUGGUGGUUCAAUUGGACAAACUUCAGAACAGUCGACAGAGGAAGCGUUUCAAUCUUCUAAUUUGGAUAGGGAUAUGCAGGACAACAUGGCCAGUUCUUCAUUGAAUGGCAGUCUUCCAAAUAGUGGUCAACUUGAUGGGGAAUGUGACAAUGGGGUGACAAGGGUUCCAAGUGAUAGGACAAAUUACAGUAGCGAUGCAUCUGGAGAGGUUACAGAUGGUGGUGGUGCGCCUGUGGCAUCUUCUGUUCCUCAAAGGGAACAUUUAAUCCCUCCAAGACUGGCCACUAGAGGCCAAUUUAUUAGACGGCAAGCAUCCGAUAGGGGUUUCCCCAGAAUUAUAUCUUCCUCAUCGAUGGAUGCAAAAAGUGAUCUCUCUGCCAUUGAGAAUCAGGUUCGGAAGCUGAUUGAGGAUUUGAGAAGUGAUUCUGUAGAUGUUCAGAGGUCAGCAGCAUCAGAGCUUCGUCUUCUAGCUAAGCACAACAUGGAGAACAGGAUUGUCAUUGCAAACUGUGGGGCUGUAAAUCUGCUGGUUGGUCUUCUUCACUCACCAGAUGCUAAAACCCAAGAGCAUGCCGUGACAGCUCUUUUGAAUCUGUCGAUAAAUGACAACAAUAAAAUUGCUAUUGCAAAUGCUAAUGCUGUCGAUCCUCUCAUUCAUGUCCUUGAGACUGGGAACCCUGAAGCUAAAGAGAAUUCAGCAGCCACUUUAUUCAGUCUCUCGGUUAUUGAAGAAAAUAAAGUGAGGAUUGGGCGAUCUGGUGCAAUCAAGCCUCUAGUAGACUUGCUAGGAAAUGGCACCCCUCGAGGAAAGAAAGAUGCAGCUACUGCAUUGUUUAACUUGUCUAUACUUCAUGAGAACAAACUUCGCAUUGUGCAAGCCGAUGCUGUGCAGCACCUGGUUGAGCUUAUGGAUCCUGCUGCUGGAAUGGUCGACAAAGCUGUGGCUGUGUUGGCAAACCUUGCUACGAUAACAGAAGGGAGGACUGCGAUUGGGCAGGCACGUGGCAUUCCAGCCCUUGUUGAAGUUGUUGAGUUGGGUUCUGCAAGAGGCAAGGAGAAUGCUGCUGCCACGUUGCUUCAGCUCUGUACAAACAGCAACAGAUUUUGCAGUAUAGUUCUUCAAGAGGGUGCAGUGCCUCCUCUAGUCGCCCUUUCACAGUCAGGAACACCUCGAGCAAGAGAGAAGGCACAAGCUCUUCUCAGCUACUUCCGCAGCCAAAGACAUGGGAAUUCAGCAAGGAGAUAGCCUUCAUAAUUUUUGUUGCAGUGUACAUUAAGCUAUGCCCCUCAUCGCGACUGGGCUCCUGUUGUUCGAUUGGCACUGCCGGACGCGUGGGCUGGAAUUGUUGCAUUGCAGUGCCCUGUGCUCAAACUGUUCAUAGAUUGAGAUUGUUAUAAGCUCAUCUCAUGCAAGUGUUGUGGGCGGUGAGUGUUGUCUGUUGAGAUGGUAUCUUUUUGGUUUCUUUUCUUCUCUGCCUUUUGAGGAUUUCUUUUGUAUAGCGUAUCCAUUCACCGAGAUUUUGUCCUGUAUAUGCUAUUAGCUGUGGCGUUAUGAUUGUUUGAUGGAUCAUGGAUGUACAAGUUAUAAUUGUUCUGUACCAUAUAAGCCUUGUUCUCAUUUUUAA